GAGGUCUUUGCUCAGGACCAGCUUGGAAAGCGUGUGCGUGUUGAAUAUUUAUUAGGCUUUGACAGUGGGAGUUAUUCAGACUCGCUUUCUAAUGUCUGUGAAGCUGACAGGUUUGGGGUUUUAUUUAAUGCUAAGCAGGUAGCGAGAGCUGGGACAUCUGUCCUCCAAUCCUCUGGUAGGAAAAGGCACAGAAUUUAAGUUUCUUGUGGAGCAUAAUGAAGGUUUUUCAUCGUUUUUACCUUGUUCAGAUCUUGCUGAGGAAUUAACCAAUAUUUUUCUCUAUUUAAAGGCUGCCAGUACCCCAAUGUGACUUAAGUUAAGGCUGGUCCCAGUGAAAGGAUGCCAUUCUAUGCUGACAGUGGGAAAGAGCUGUUGGUGGAGUCCUUUGGGCUGCUCCUGGAGGAGGAGGACAUGGCAGGGCUGGUCUCUGCUCAGGUGCCUCUGUGUUUUAGGGGUGGCUGUGGCAGUGGCACCUCAGAUUCAGCGUGCACCUACCUUGCAGAAGGCACAUCUGCUAUCUCAUGGUAUGGGAGGCGUCUGAGAGAUGAAAGCAGGACAGGCUGUGGCCCAGAUGGAGGCAGGGAUCCAUUGAGGCUGUCUCCCUGUCCCCAAAUCUUGCCCUUUGCAGUCAGAAGCUGCAGGUUUGCUUCUGUCAGCCUCCAAGAGAUCCUGUAUCAGCACUAUCAGGCUGUGUUACCUUGGUUCCACUGCCACAUAUUUUAUAAGGGUUUGUAGUCCUCAGUAUAAAGAACAAGAUUUAACCUGUGGUUUCUGGCUGUUCACAUAAGACCCUGUGUUACAUAGCAAAAGCAGUAACUGUCCCAAGUUGCAAUCAUCUGUAAAGUCCCUAUGGGCUUUGCAGAGUCAAAAACCAUCUCAACUUCUACACUUGCUUUGUUUGCUGAGCCUUGAAGCAGUGACUGCCUCAAGCACUGGUUUUCAUGCUGGAGGGGAGCAGUUUCUGGGUUUUAAUCUUCUCUAUUAGGCUUGCUGAGCAUCCUCAGGUAAAACUACUUCAUCACCCACUGCCUCAGUUGGUGCACACGAGAUGAAAGUGCUCAGCUUGUCUGGACAAGAGGGCUGGGUGAUGCUGAGCCAGCUCUUGUAGACGUGGUCAGCACUGGAGGCCCCUUUGUCAUUCUGCAGAUUUCCAGAGUCUGAUAAGACUCGUAGGACAGCUCUGUUGAGGGCCAACAGCUAUUUUGCCAGUCUUCCCUUCCACUGCUGUAGUUUCUGCAUCCACAGCAUCACAGGAUGUAUGAGGAUUACCUCUGCAGUAGUCUGUACUGCGUUCCUGGGGAAGGAUUGUGCUGUGCCCUUAUCCAUUCAGCAAUCCUAAUCAGCAUGGUUGCUAACCAGGGUGAGCCAAGCACUGGUCAGUGUACUUGGCAACCUUCUCUGGCUUCAGAAGGUCUGCUGUCCUAGCUCUCCUGCUCAGAUUUAACCAACAGUUAGUGGGUUUGGAACAGUUUCCUGGUGGUGAAUCCCCCCCUGCCAUUUUCUCUGCUGUCCCAUAAACCUCCUUAAUCGCAGAAGAGUUCAUUUGGAGCUACUGGGGGAUGUCACCUAAGCUUUUCUGUGCACUAAAUGUGCUUUUGCAGGAAACAAGGUGGGAAACUGGGAAUUGGGAUCCGGUGUUAGGGAGCAGCACUGGCCCAAGAGCUGGGCUGCCUUCUGUGCAGUUACUUGUCAGACAGCGAUGCUCACUGCUGCCCCCCCCCCCCACAGAGCUUUGGGGGGGACCACUUUUACUUCCCAGGAUGUCAUUUGUGAACGUUACCUUGGGUAAUGCUGAACAUAGCAAACUCUGUGUCAGUAACCCUGCUAACUGGCUGUGCCUGAGGGAGCAAAUUGGAAACCACUGAUUGAUGCAGCGCAGCCGGAAGCGAAAGGAGAAGGGAGCUGAUCCAGGUUCAUCAGAAGGUGACGGUGGAGCUGAGUUCUCUGGCACUUACCCUGCUGUGUCUGUUCAGUGCUGCACCGGUACCGACACAUCCUGGGGUUGUGGCAGCCGGACAUUGGGCCCUAUGGGGGACUGCUGAACGUGGUGGUGGAUGGCCUGUUCAUCAUUGGAUGGAUGUACCUGCCACCUCACGACCCUCACGUCGAUGACCCGAUGAGAUUCAAGCCUCUCUUCAGGAUCCAUCUGAUGGAGAGGAAAUCUGCAACGGUUGAGUGCAUGUAUGGCCAUAAGGGACCUCAUAAUGGCCACAUCCAGAUUGUGAAGAAGGACGAGUUCUCCACCAAAUGCAACCAGACAGAUCACCACCGCAUGUCAGGGGGAAGGCAGGAGGAAUUCCGGACGUGGCUGCGGGAAGAGUGGGGUCGCACACUGGAGGACAUCUUCCAUGAGCACAUGCAAGAGCUCAUCUUGAUGAAGUUCAUCUACACCAGCCAAUAUGACAACUGCUUGACAUACCGACGCAUCUACCUCCCUCCGAGCAGCCCUGAGGACCUCAUCAAGCCGGGUCUCUUUAAGGGGACGUAUGGGAGCCAUGGGCUGGAGAUUGUCAUGUUGAGCUUUCAUGGGAGGAAAGCCAAGGGGACUAAAAUCACUGGAGAUCCCAACAUCCCAGCUGGGCAGCAGACUGUGGAGAUAGACCUGGCUCACCCCCUGCAGCUGCCUGACAUCGAGAACCUUCGUGAUUUCAGUGAGCUCUCCCGCAUUGUCCUGGAGGUGCAGGAGCAGGUGCGGCGGGAGGAGCAGGAGGAGGAGCAGCAGCGCAGAGAGGACGAGGAUCGCUUCCAGCAAGCUGCCACCUCACCUGCUGCACAGCCCCAAGGAGGAGAAGGUGCUGAAGGGGAAGAGACUGCUUCUGGGGCCAAACGGGCAGCCCAGGACAAGGCUCCAGCAUCCCAGCCCUUCGUGCUGCCCAUGGGGGUGAUAUCGAGGAACGAGGACUAUCCCCGGACCUGCCGCGUUUGUUUUUAUGGGACGGGGCUCAUCGCUGGCCAUGGCUUCACCAGCCCCGAGCGAACGCCCGGUGUUUUUGUUCUCUUUGACGACGAUCGCUUUGGAUUCAUCUGGCUGGAGCUCAAGUCCUUCAGUCUGUACAGUCGGAUCAAAGUCUCCUUCCAGAACGCCGAAGCUCCUUCCCGGGAGGCUUUUGAUGAAAUGCUGAAGAACAUUCAGUCGUUGGCCACUUGAUGGGUGAUUUGGGAUGGACAGGGCUAGGGGCUGCAAAGGCUGUUGCGCUCCCCAACCAGAGAUAUGCUGGGGAUUCCUUGCUCUUCGUACCUCUGAAGGAAAGCAUGCACUUUUAAUAAAGCCUUUUUAUCCCCCCCCAUGUACACACCCCUGGUAAAAUAUCCACGAGUGCCCUCUCCUCCCUGCUGCCCCUCACUGCUCCCCUAGCAGUCCUUGGUACCUGGUCUGUAGCAUAGCUUUGAACAGCUGAAGGGAUCCUGCAGAGGAGGACGCGGAGCUUUCUUAUUGCAAAAAAGAAAAAGAAUGUACUGGAACAAAAAUAACUGAAGCUCAGAGUUGGAUCACAGAACAUCUAAUUAACUGGAUGGACACGAACCCUCUGCAGUGGCCAUUAGGAGUUUCCCCAUGGAGCAAGUCUCUCCUUCAGGGAGGGCAGUCAUUUAAGCCUUUGCUGUGCUCCGGGCCUAUCUGUCCUCUUGGGAGAACUGCUUUACCCUCCUGCAAACUGCUCAAUCUCCUGCUGCAGACUGGCUGGCUGCUUAAUGCUAAUUGCAUCGGCGCCGAGCAAGCACGUCCUCCUCUCCAGAAACCUUUCUCUGGGUGCUGCAUCAUCAGGAGGGGCUGGUGUGUCGUGUACCUGCAUCUCUGGCUGAGUAUAAUUAGAUCGGGUCGUUUCCCUGUGAGAAAUCCCCUGCUGGGCAGCAUGGGAAGGGCUCCCCUGUGAAUGGCUUCUGAAGGUCGAUGGCUGUGCUGUCCCUGGAGCUCAGGGCUGCUUCUCUCAGCGCAGGGGUUCUUGUUUCUCACAGGAGCUGGGUUGCAGAACUGCAAGUGGGCGUGAGUAGCAGAAGCUGGUGCAUUCAGAACUGCUUUUGUGUCUGAAAUCUGAUGGGGGGGAGGGGGGGAAAACAAGGGUGAAAUAAGCCCCAGUGCAGCCUUUUGAGUCCUGUCUGUGCUAGUGUCACAGCUGCCAUUGGUACCGCUGUGACCUCAGUUAUCAGGUUGUCCUGCGCAGGCUGAAGGAGCAGUGAGGAGUUCUGGUGUCUCUGUGGUUCACUUUAUGGUUGGUGCUGACAGGUUGGUGCUGCUGCUCUGCUCACGAGACCCUUCUGUUCCCUUUCUAGCCACACGUGUUUCAUCCCAGAUGAUUGCUGCUAGCACAGAAAUCUCCUGGGCUCAAUUUCUUUCCAUGAUGCCUCUGUGGGCUGCUGUUAGGAGAGCCAGGUUCCCCAUAGGCCCUAAUUCUGCUCAGCAAUGCACCGUAGGAAAAUCCUGCCCAGCUCAUCUACAAAUUGUGAGUUGUGCUACAAACCAUCCCAGCGCAUUUCGUUAUUAAUCCUCUCUCUGUAGGAGGAGAUAAUUGGGAUCUUUGUGUGAAGAAGAGAGCAGUUGGUGAGGAAGGCUUUGGUUGUAAGUAAAACACGUCCUUUGUUGCAGUUCCUCCCCAGGGUUGAGGUCGGUUUGUCUAACAAAACUCGGCGGGUUUUGGUCUGUAAAUGUGUGUGUGCAUGUGUUGUGCAGGAAGGAUUUGAGCCCUCUCUUAGGGAGCACUUGGAGCAGCUUUUCAUCCUCCCUGUCAGAUGGGCUUUUUGCCAUUUCUGGCUCUGGAGUGUUCCCUCAGGCUGUGUGAGAGCUGAGUCUCCAGCAGAGAUUUAGAGCAGGAGGUCACAUCCAUCACAGGAUUAACUCCUGUCUCUUUGGGUAGAGUUUCACAACCCUCUGGGAACAUGAAGGUGAUUUGGGGCACUUUUUUUCUUUGUUUCCCUGCUGCCUCAUCAGUAGUGGAAAAGCUGUUAGAGGAGCUGUGUUAGAGGAGAGGAUCUGAAAUGCUGUUACCGUCCUGGUGAAUAAGCUGGAACAGGAGUUUCUGAGCAGCCUGGUGGAGGUGUGGGCAGAAGGAAGGGCUGGCUGUGGUCUCACCCCUGUGCUGUGCAGGGCUGGGAGAGAGGCAGGGAGGCAGUGCUGAGAUGGAGGGCUGAGAGAAAUCCCCCUUGGGCAGCUGGUUUAAAAUCACUUGUCCCUAAAACCACCUCUGCUUCAGUCAGCACUGCAUCCGCGGUUCUGAUUUCUGCGUUCCUCCUUCCCACAGCAUCCCUGCUCACCUGGCAAAGAAAAGACAUGAGACAACCCUGCAGUUCUGCAUAGCUGCCUUAACAGCUUUUGCUUUUCUAAGAUGGAAAAUGAGCCUUGUUGUGCUGCGAGCUUGGCCUGGGACCUGGAGCACUGUCUCGUGAGUACAGACACUGACUUCAGCAGGUCUGCUCCUGUAACCUGCUGCGUUGGCUCUGCUGAGUGUGUAAAGGCAGCAUAAAUACGAUUCACUGCUGUGUCAUAGAGUGCUUUUAGAAGGUGUAACCUGCAGCUCGACUUCUUCUUGCUGCCAGAGCCUGCCUUGGGCAGCAGGUGGCAGGAGAGCUUUGCUCGGUCCAGGUUUUGCUGCUUGCACAAGGGCGCUCAGGAUGGCUGUUGCUCGUCGCCUUUGAAGGUGAGAGCUGCGUGCUGGGAGGUGCUGCAGGAGCCUUCCACGUGUCAGCUCUGCCUCUGUGGGUUUGUGGUGUACCUGCCUGGCCUCAAAGUGUCAGUGUGCCAGUCCUGAUGAAAGGCAAAGCUGCUGUGGCUUUGUUCUGUCUAGAGCAGAGGCAGUGAAAACAGCGAGUUCUGUAUCCAUGCUCCUCCUUUCCCUUCUCUGUUCAUCUUCUGAUCCUCGAGGCCUGGCAGGCUGUUGGGAUGUGGCAACGUUUGGCAGGAUGGUCACAAACUGCUGCUGCUGUGCCCUGGUUCUAUUCACUCUGUGCAAGAAGAACUUAGGGAGGGCUGCCUUUGCAUCUUGGCUCCAGAUGCUGAGAAGCAUGGAAAACAAGCUGCCCGGAUAGGAAUCCUCCUGGUGGAAACGUUCUGCAGCAAACACAGUGCUUGCAAUUAGAUUGCAGAGCAGCAUUGCCCCAGUAGCCACGGCGUCUAAUUAACUCUAAUUUAGGAACUUGAAGCAAAUGACUUACGUGCUCAGACCGCGUUGUGCUCCUGGGUUGUGCUGCGUGUUGUCAAAACACGGCUUUGGCCAGCUGGAAAACACAAGCAUCAGAGAUCCUCCUCCAGCCUGUUUGUUUGUGUUGGGCCCGAUACCACAGCUAUAAAUGCACUGUGACAGCACUGUGGUCGUGCUAUUUCAGUCCAUGCUGCCUCGUCAGGUGUUUGUUUUGUGGCAGGAGGAGCAAAAAGGAUGGAAGCGAUUGUAACUUGGGCUGCCAGCUCUCCUCCAUGGUGACACUGAGCCUGCAGUGGGAUGGAUGGCAAAUAAACAGGGAAGUUGUAUUGGGGAGAGGGCACAUGCACGUGCAAGCUUGCUUGGAGGUGUAAACAGCAGGAAAAGGCUGCAGCUGGCUCAGUGUUUGCUUUCGAAAGAUGGCUUUUUAUUGCUUUAUAUUAAUUAAAAAAACUAGUGAAACUUAAUGGGAGUGUUGGGUGUCGUGUGGAAAUGGGGUGUGUUAUCUCAGCUAGCUAGUUUAGGGAAUGAUGAUACAUUAACUCUGUCUCGUAGCUGGGUGCUCGUGUGGCUGAGAAGCUGUUGUGCUCAGCUGCCAAAGGACUGCAGGUCAGGCAGGCAGCAUUGCUUGCAGUUGGGCAGUGACACUUUGGAGAUGUGGCAGAUAUAUGGCAGAUAGUUUGCCAGCACGUGAGUGCUGCUGACUUUGUGCUGAAUUAACACGUAUGAUCACAGCUUUUCGUUUGGAUUGCAGUCUUCUGGAUGUUCACAGAAAAAGCACUCGGAUCAGCUGAGCUCGUUAGCUUAAUUAAAGCCAUCUGCCCUUUCUUUCGUUGCCCAGUGUUCCUACUUCCCCCGAGCAGGAGUGCCCUGUGUGUUCUGCACUCACCACUUCAUUCAGCAGGCUCUCAGCAUCAAAACGUCUCUCCGAAGUCGUUUGUAGUGAAGGUGAAGCAGCAGAACCCAGCUCUGUGCAGAGGAGCAAGGUGAGCUUUUCUUCCACAUCCAGCACCUUGUGAACGUGAGAACUGAGCUUUGAAUCACUCAGCUGCUCUGCCUGCAUCCCCAGCUGCGGGUUGGGAUAUUCUGCUGUCCUUUGCUUGGUGGGUUGGAGGGCAACGAGGCGUGCAGAAUCCAGGUGUGACUUUGUGACGCUUUGCCUCCUUCAUCCCGGCGAUGCGAAAGCUGAGCAGAAGCCACGCGGUUCUUUUACACCUGAUUGUUGUCACCCAAGGAGCCUUUUCCAAUUUCAAAUAAUAAUAAUAAAAAAAGGAGGUUUUGUGAACUUA